CUUGUACACAUUACAUUUCUGGGAAUUUUAGCCCUGUCUUGCUAGUGAUUGGAUAGUUGUGGCCAUACAGCGAUGCUCUUUAAAACCUACGGUGAAUAAUAUGAAAUAAAGUCACUUAAAAAAACGAUAAUGCACACUCUCGCUUACAGGAUUCAAAGUGUAGCCUUUCGAAAAAAAUACGCACACGGGAAAAUCUUUAAAUGCGUCAUGAACUGCAGUGAGCCGGAUUUGUCAUGCUGUACAUUUGAAGCAAGCCAAGCAGGAGACGGCGCACUUUGUUGACAUUUCAACGCGUGAAGGACGCAGGAGUUGACGUGCACUGUAGGCUGUUACUAAGAUGUUUGUCCUGCUGUGGAAGGCAUGAAUGAAAGUUCUGUGUUGACAACUUCACAGCGCCUCGGUCCAGGUAGAUGUUAACUGGAGCAAAGAUGACAGCACAUUCAUUUGAAAACUAUCUGCCAAAGUCCUUAUGACAAUCAAGUGAGAAAAUUAUUUGGAAAAUGAGUGACUGUAAAUCAGAAAUUAUCAAGGUUCACAGUGGAAACAGAAUAAAAUAUGACAAAUAAUGAAGGGUUUCCUGUUACAAUGGUUUCCGGCUAUUUUUCUAAAUUGCUGGCUGCUUAUAGCCUGUGAGCAUGUGGAGGUGGUAAAGCAUGCCAUCAAACUCCACAGGGGUAAAGGUGCUCCUGUCACUCAUGGCAAACAAUGGGUUAUGGAGAACUGCCGCAAGAUGGCUGCUCUGCUGCACCAGAAGAGUGUAGUACUAAACAAGUUGAAAGGUGCUAUCAAAGCAGUGGAGAAGAAUCCAGACCUGUCAGAUGCCGAAAAACUAUUUCAAGUACACACCUUUGAGAUCUUUCAAAAAGAGCUUAAUGAGAGUGAGAACUCUGUAUUCCAGGCCAUCCAUGGGUUGCAGAGAGCUUUACAGGGAGACUACAAGGAUGUGGUCAACAUGAAAGAGAGCAGCAGACAGCGCCUGGAGGCUUUGCGGGAAGCUGCUCUAAAGGAAGAAAAAGAAUUCCUUGAAUUGUUGGCAGCAGAAAAACACCAGGUGGAAGCCAUUAAAAGCAUGCAGCAACAAAACAAGAGCCUUUCAAUGUUGGAUGAGAUCCUUGAAGAUGUGAGGAAAGCAGCGGACCGCUUAGAAGAAGAAAUUGAAGAGCAUGCUUUUGAUGACAACAAACGAGUUAAAGGGGUAAAUAUAGAGGCAGUUCUUCGGGUUGAAGAUGAUGUUGAUGAUUCUCCGAGAAAUUCCUCAAAACAUGAGAUAGAAGAUGACCUUGGCUUAAGCAUGCUGAUUGAUUCUCAGAAUAAUCAGUACAUCCUCACUAAGCCUCGAGACUCUACUAUACCACGAGCCGAUCACCACUUCAUCAAGGACAUUGUGACAGUUGUGAUGUUAUCCCUGCCUUGUGGGUGGUUGUGUACAAUGAUUGGUCUUCCUAUCAUGUUUGGCUAUAUUGUAUGUGGAGUCCUCCUGGGCCCAUCUGGUCUCAAUAGCAUUAAGUCUAUUGUUCAAGUUGAAACCUUGGGCGAGUUUGGUGUGCUGUUUACUUUGUUUAUUGUUGGUCUUGAAUUUUCACCUGAAAGACUGCGAAAGGUAUGGAAAAUCUCUGUGCAAGGUUCUUGUUACAUGACAUUCUUGAUGGUGACGUUUGGAUUGCUCUGGGGUCACCUUUUAAGAAUUCGACCCACACAGACAGUCUUUAUUUCUACAUGUCUUUCUCUCUCAAGUACACCUCUUGUGUCAAGGUUCCUUGCAGGGAGUGGAAGAGGAGACAAAGAAGGAGAGAUUGACUACAGCAGUGUGCUACUAGGAAUGCUGGUUAUGCAAGAUGUGCAGCUCAGUCUGUUUAUUGCUGUAAUGCCAACCCUAAUACAAGCAGGUGAAAGCAGCUACAAUAGUGCCCUAAUGGAAAUUUUUAGAAUACUUAUGCUUUUUGGUCAGAUUCUUUUCUCCUUGGCUGCUGUUUUUGUUACAUGUGUUAUAAUGAAGACUUAUCUUAUUGGACCAUAUUACAAAAAGCUACAUGCUGAGUGCAAAGGAAAUAAAGAAAUCCUUGUUUUGGGAGUUUCAGCCUUCAUUUUUGUUAUGCUUAUGAUCACAGAGUUGUUAGAUGUAUCAAUGGAGUUGGGCUGCUUUUUGGCUGGAGCUUUGAUGUCAUCUCAGGGACACCUAGUAACUGAAGAAGUCAUGUCUUGCAUUGAACCGAUAAGAGAUUAUCUGGCAAUUAUAUUCUUUGCAUCCAUUGGUCUACAUGUGUUUCCCACCUUUGUUCUAUAUGAGCUUACCGUGCUCCUGAUCCUCACUCUGUCUUUGGUUUUAAUGAAGUUUAUUAUUGCAGUUCUAGUUCUCUCCCUUAUUCUACCAAAAGGGAGCCAAUAUAUCAAAUGGAUUGUUUCUGCAGGCUUGGCCCAGGUCAGUGAAUUUUCUUUUGUUCUGGGCAGUCGAGCUCGACGGGCAGGCAUCAUUUCUCGUGAGGUGUAUCUCCUCAUUCUAAGUGUAACAACACUGAGCCUUUUAUUAGCUCCAGCCUUGUGGAAAGCAGCAACAGUGAAAUGCGUUCCUCGACCAGAAAGGCGAUCAAGCACUUGACGUCAGUACAUAACAUUUGAAUUAUUUGUUCACAAACAAUGGAUCAUUGGAAGUAAACACAGAGCACGGAGCACUCAUAUAGUUCAGUGUCGGACUACAGCUUAGUAUUUACCUUUAAAUGGACCCUACUUUUGGAAUAUUGGUUGGCCAGCUUUACUCCAAUAUGCAAAUGACACAUGGAAAUGUGUACUAUUAAUAAAUGUAAACUAUCCAAUCAUUCUUUUGGCAACAUUGUUGCCGACAGUGCUUAAGCUAUCAUUUAGCUGUGUGUUACCGUUUAAGAGUUGUGUUAAGAACAGGUAAGUGAAAUUAACAAUUUUAACUAGCAUUAGUGAAGUGAAAUUAAUCAAUGCCCUAAAAGACACAACUUUCUUCAGGUCCGCUUUGAGUGCACUAUGUCUGUGGAUGAGUUGGAGAACCAUAUUACCAUAUGCCCAGAUUAUUUUGUAGAAGAGCCAAUAUUAUGGCCGUUUUAGAAGGAUAAUGUCUUAUGUUGAUUUUCUUUCUUUAAUUUAGUCUUAUGUCCAAUUGUAUUCAAAUACUUGCAGAUUCUCAGCAAAUGCACAUGCUCUCGUUCGCCUGCUCCUAUCAAACUGUGAACAGAUGUUUCCUCUGAAUAAAAAAGGAAGAUUUACUUUGUUUUCGGACAUUCCAUACUCUUCAUAUUAGAAUGUUUAUAAUUACUUAAUAUACUCUCCCUGGCACACUUUUUUUCUUUAAUCUGACCUUUUUAAGAAUCAUCACUGGAGAAAUGCCUCCAUCAAGCCUCUUACACUUCAGCCUCACCUCUGGUCCUCCAUUCCCCCUUUGUUUGCUUUUAUUUUGAUCUUUGACUGAUAUUCAAUGAUAGUAAAGUAAACUGCAGCAAUUUGCAUUAGUGAAGACUUUGUUGUAAUUGAGAUCCCCAGAACUAUUAGAGGGUUUCUGACAGGGAUCAAACGUGACCAAAUGCCUUUAUAGUUUAUGAUUUUGUGUACUCCUUAUUUGUGAUAUAUUAAAGUAAAACUCAGAGGCAUUCUUACAACUGUGAAAUAUGGCUGUGUUCGUUUGCUUUGAACUAGGGAUGUGCAAAUUGUUUUGCUAUUUACAUCCAUUCUUGUUAUGAAAUAUUUUCUCAGACAUUGAUAUUCCAAAUUUAAGUAAAGGCUUUUCAAAAGUUGUGGUUUGACUCAACCCCCCCACCACACCCCACCCAAGGCUGGUUUCAGCUGUUUGUCUGUUGUGGAUAGCAACCCUUACCAGGAAUAAGCAGGUUUAGAAACUUGAUAAGGAGAUAUAUGUAUAAUACACAAUACCUGGAUGCUGAAAAAUAUUACACAAAGUGAGUGGAAAGGGAUUUAAAUGUGCUAGUUAUAAUCUGUAAAUGAUUAAGCAAAACUUUGUGUUCUGUUUUCAUUCUACGUGGCACCUUAAGUUAUGCAUAACACAAAAAGUAUAUUUAAAUAAAGUUGGUGGUCUUUUGUAUUUCUUUCAAUUGCAUACUUAUUAAAAUUAUGAAACUAAAGAAUCAUGAGGUUUUAAUUUUGACAGUGAUUGUUGCUCAAACUAAAACUUUUUAAAUGUACGUUUUCCAAGUAACUGGACGUCAAAUGGACAUUGGCAGAAUGUGGUACAGCUUUAAAAAGUUUUGUUUGAAGAUUCUUUCAUCAUAAUGUGCUUGACUGCUACGAAUUUGGAGAAAUUGUCAGGUAUUAAUUGUAGAAUCAGCUUAAUCCAAUUCAGGGUUGAGGGCUAUGGAAAUUUUGUAAGUUGAUAUUAUAAAGUUAAAAUUAGCAUUUGACUAAAAAUAAUAACAAAAAUCCUUUACUGAUUGAUUGUAGUGCAUUUAUAGAUGUUAGAAGGUCUAUUGUAACUGAAGAAAUCCAAUGCUUCCUUAGCCAAACAGUGGUAUAAUUAAUGCACACUCUUCUUUGCUAAACUGACUUUUAAUGGUGGUGGAUGUGUAUUUACUAUUAAGAGCUAUUCAAAUAAUUUUACGCAGUUUUCAUGAAAUUGUCUUAAAGGAAAAAUUGAUGCUUUGUAACUUAUUUUUGGGACCUCAAAUAUUCACAUUAGCUUUAUGGUUAGAUUUCACAUGAUAGUAAUCUCUUGGAGUGGGUAGUUCAGUACAGGACUGAGAUUUAUGCUUUCCAAUUAUAAAAUUAUUUUUAUGCUGCUAUUGAAAAAAUCAAAUCAUAUUUAUUUUUGAGUUGCACUGAUUAGCUAUUACACAUACCUUUCAUUAAGGCUGUUUACUUUUUUGAAGUUGAAAUGACUGUAUUAAUAAAGAUUUUUGUUACUUAUAUGUCAA